UCGGCGUUUCGUUUUGUCAAUGUCGCGUGUAGUACUUUUUUUUCUCGUUAGAUGAUUAGUAAAACCAAUUGAUACAAUAAAAAUAAAUUAAAUCCUGGAUAAAUCUGUUGCCGAUGUUAGUGCUGAUGCUUAAAUAUACAAUUCCUUUUGGUGUUUAAAACGGACGUGUAUACAUUUUUUGAUACAUAGUUACUAUACUUCUGAAUAUACAUACGGUCACAGUGCAAAUACAGAAUGUGUACAGCUAUCUUUUGACAGGAAUGAACAGGCAGUGAAAAUGUUAUUUGUUAAUAUUUUUUUUGUCCCAAAUCAAUAAUUUGGAGAUCGUAGAAUGUGAUUAUAAUGGGUGGUUGCAUUGGAAUAUCUAGAAGCAGAAGCGGUCCAAUGGAAGGAUCGUCAGGAACUGUGUCGCGGCCUAAUUCCGUUUUUGUUGUAGGUGCUCUUAGGAAAAAUCAGUCCCUGUGUCAUGAAACGAUUCGGUGGAAGUCUGAUGUGCCAUUAACAGAGGGUCAGUUGCGGAGUAAACGUGAUGAGUUCUGGGACACUGCGCCGGCGUUCGAGGGCAGGAAGGAGAUCUGGGACGCGUUGCGGGCGGCCGCCGUGGCCGCGGAGGCGAUGGACUUCCAGCUGGCGCAGGCGAUAUUGGACGGAGCUAGUGUUUCCGUACCCAAUGGCUACCUCACAGAGUGCUAUGAUGAAUGGGGGACUAGAUAUCAGGUGCCAAUUUACUGCCUGUCUCCACCCAUCAACAUGGUGAAGGAGGCGUGCGGGCGCGACUCUCCGGCGGAGUGGUCGGAGCCGGCGGACGGGGGCGCGGCGCUGGCGCUGCGACUGCGCCUCUCCACCACCUGCCGCGAACUGGAGCUGCGGGUGGGGGCGCGCCACACCAUCGCACACUGCAAGACUGAGCUGCAAGCGCUGGAGGGCAUAGAGCCGUGGCGGCAGCGCUGGUUCUACGGCGGCAAGCUGCUGGGCGACCGCCUGCUGGUGGAGGAGGUGCGCAUCACGCCCGGCUACGUGGUGCAGGUCAUCGUCAGCACCGAGCCGCGCCCCCCCAGCUAGGCACCCCCCCCCCCCCCACACACACAUACCACUACACGUCGUUUCAUGUCUAUGAGAAAUUAUACUAACACAUUGUAUUAGCUAAAUUAUAUUGUCUACUAGCUGUUGCUCACGACUUCGCUCGCAUCAAGUUAAAAAAUAAAGAAAUAUACAGCCUAUGUUACUCACU